AUGCGUAACCGCGUACUGCCACUGCUCGCUCCGGUGUUUCUGUCAAAGCUAUGGAGAAGGCGGAGGACUAAAGCGAUAGAGAAGUUGCAUGGGAGCGCGUCGGAGACUUCGGCGGGCGCGGGUGGAGGCUCGUCCGGUGGCAGUGCGCGCGUGUCGUCGCGGUCGAGGGCGUCUGAGGAGCCGCAUAUUGGAAAGUACAAACUGUUGAAAACUAUCGGCAAAGGCAACUUUGCGAAGGUGAAGCUAGCGAAACAUGUCCCCACCGGCAAGGAGGUUGCAAUCAAGAUCAUCGACAAAACUCAACUCAACCCUGGCUCCCUGCAAAAACUGUUUAGAGAGGUACGGAUAAUGAAAAUGCUCGACCACCCCAACAUAGUGAAGUUGUUCCAAGUGAUUGAAACUGAGAAGACCUUGUAUCUUGUUAUGGAAUACGCGUCCGGCGGUGAAGUGUUCGAUUAUUUAGUACUACACGGGCGUAUGAAGGAGAAGGAAGCGCGAGCCAAGUUCCGUCAGAUCGUAUCAGCAGUGCAGUACUGUCAUCAAAAACGGAUCAUUCAUAGGGAUUUGAAGGCGGAAAACCUCCUCCUCGACGGUGAGAUGAACAUAAAGAUAGCGGAUUUCGGCUUCUCGAACGAGUUCACACCCGGCGCCAAGCUGGACACGUUCUGCGGCUCGCCGCCAUACGCCGCGCCCGAACUAUUUCAAGGCAAGAAGUACGACGGGCCCGAGGUGGACGUGUGGUCGCUGGGCGUGAUCCUCUACACGCUGGUCUCCGGCUCGCUGCCCUUCGACGGCUCCACGCUGCGGGAGCUGCGCGAGAGGGUGCUGCGCGGCAAGUAUAGGAUACCGUUCUACAUGUCUACCGACUGUGAGAACCUAUUGAAGAAGUUCCUGGUCCUAAACCCGGCGAAAAGAGCUUCGCUGGAGAGCAUCAUGAGGGAUAAAUGGAUGAACACGGGAUACGAGGAGGAGGAGCUGCGGCCUUAUAUAGAGCCUCAGCAGGACUUCAAGGAUCAUAAACGGAUAGAGGCGCUAGUGUGCCUGGGUUAUAAUCGACAAGAGAUCGAGUACUCUUUAGCCGAAGCUAAGUACGACGACGUGUUCGCUACGUACUUGCUUCUCGGCAGGAAAAGUACAGAUCCGGAGUCGGACGGCAGCCGGUCGGGGUCGUCGCUGUCGCUGCGCAACACGGCGGCGCCCGGCCAGCCGCAGCAGCCGCAGGCCAACUCGCACGCCGUGGGCACGACUACUAGCGCAGCCAAUAACACAACGUCAACUGCCACUACAACUACGUCCAAUUUUAAAAGACAAAAUACAAUUGACUCGGCUUCCAUUAAGGAAAAUACGGCACGGAUUGCUCAGAUGCAGGUACAAAAUACAACGCGGCCAACAAGCGCUCAGCCCAAGCUCGAGCCGCGCUCGCGCACGCUCACGGGCGGCGCGCGGCGCGCCGAGCACGCGGCGCACGCGGCGCAGGUCGCGCCCAAGAUGUCGCCGCCCAAUGAUAAUCCCAGUACACAAACGGGCCAAGACGCGAAGGGGACGGGUAACGGCACGACCCCCACAAUAAACAAGACGCACGUGAAGAGCGCCUCGAUAUCGUCAUCCAGCGGCGCCCCGCCCAUGGGGGCGGAGCCCCAUAACGCGUCGGCAAGGGACCUAGCGCAGCCCCGGCCGAGCUUAAACUCAACACUGUCAACGGUGGGUGGUGUGUCAGCAACAAACACAGGCGCUGCCCGACGGGACUUCCCCGCGAAUCCCACUUCGUUCCCAAGGAAUGUGCCGUCUAGAUCUACUUUCCAUUCGGGACAAACCCGAUCCCGUGGCGGUAGCGCAGGCGGCGCGUACGGCGACAGCGGCUCCCCGCACCAACCUCGUACGUCAUUCUUCUCCAAACUAUCGUCGAGAUUCUCUAAGCGACUAUCAGUGUUGGGCGAGUCGGCCGGACGGCAGAAACCGCGCAUAUUUUCCUCUCUGGACAUACAGCGGAGGCCUAUCGACGGUUCCACUCCGAAGCAUGCCGUAGGCGCUAGUCCGCAAGCCCUGCUUGGACAGGGAACUGAGGAACAAGUGAAACCGCGUGUACUAAGAUUUACGUGGAGUAUGAAAACUACAUCAUCAAGGGAUCCUAAUGAGAUCAUGGCUGAAAUACGUAAGGUGCUAGACGCGAACAACUGUGAUUACGAGCAACGCGAACGAUUUCUACUGUUGUGCGUCCACGGCGACCCCAACGCGGACUCGCUCGUCCAGUGGGAGAUAGAGGUGUGCAAGCUGCCUCGCCUGUCCCUCAAUGGUGUUCGGUUUAAACGGAUAUCCGGCACAAGCAUUGGCUUCAAGAACAUUGCGUCGAAGAUCGCGAACGAACUCAAACUG